AGAGUGAAAGAGGAGGAGAGAGAAGGAAAAGCGAGAGGGAAAAUAGAAAAAAAAAAGAAAACGUAUACGAAUACGUCGAGGAGACGGCUUUUCGGUUCUCGAUAGAAAGCAAGGAGGGAAAAUCGCAGAGAGAGAAAGAGAGACGCCGUUAAAAAUCUGUCUUUCGAAUCUUUCGAUAUUGCGCGUUGCUGGUUUUUUUUUCUCGUUUUCAUUUCGCGCUAUUUUCCCGAUAAAAAACCUCAAGAGAAAAAGUGAUGCGCUUGUGCUUCUCCGCGCGUGCUUGUGUAACGUAAAACCGCGAUACAUUCGGCCGACACGGCAGUAAAGAAGCAAAGAGGGGAAAAAAGAGAGAGAGAGAGAGAAACGGUAGACCGUACACGCACACGCACGUAUAGUAGUACGAGUAACCGAGAGAGCGAAAAAAAAUGGCCGUGGUCUCGACAUGCUCCGUUUCGAUGUUUCGUCCUCUGGUGCACGCUGCGCUCUUCACGUUCCUCGUCGUUCUACCGAGCACCGCUAUAACCGCGGAUAACACGGGCACGACGAAACCGCCCCCGUGUUCAAGUGAGGUAUACUGCCACGGCGAUCUGCUGCACACGGUACAAAUGGCCGGCAUAUACAAGGACUCCAAGUACUUCGUCGACAUGAAGAUGAAGCGCCCGGCGAACGAGACGCUGGCGUCGUACCGGGCCUUCAUGAAGGGCGCGAACAACGCGCCGAACAGGCACCAGGUCGAGAAGUUCGUCAACGACACGUUCGAGCUGCCGGGCUACGAGUUCGAGGACUGGGACCCGACCGACUGGACGGCCACCCCCAAGUUCCUGCAGAACAUCGAGGACGACGAGCUGCGGAAGUUCGGCUCCGAUCUCAAUUACAUCUGGAAGCUGCUGGGCAGGAAGAUGCGCGACGACGUGCGGAUCAACGAGCACCUCUACUCGAUCAUCUACGUGCCGCAUCCGGUGAUCGUACCCGGCGGCAGGUUCCGCGAGUUCUACUACUGGGACUCGUACUGGAUCAUCAAGGGCCUGAUGCUGUCCGAGAUGCACGACACCGUCAAGGGCAUGCUGAACAAUUUCGUCUCGAUAGUGGAUAAGAUCGGCUUCAUACCGAACGGCGGCAGAAUAUACUACAAAAUGCGCUCGCAUCCGCCGCUGUUGAUACCGAUGGUGGACGAGUACCUGAAGAUCACCCACGACGACGCCUGGCUGAAGGAGAACUUCUGGCUGCUGGAGAAGGAGUUCAACUUCUGGAUGACCAAUCGUACCGUGGACAUCGAGAAAGACGGGAUCAAUUACACGCUCGUUAGGUACUACGAGGAGUCGUCGGGUCCCCGCCCGGAAUCCUACAAGGAGGACUACCUGACGAGCCAAAGUUUUCGAACCACCGAAGAGAAGGACAAUUAUUAUGCGGAAUUGAAAACGGCGGCCGAGUCCGGAUGGGAUUUUUCCAGUCGAUGGUUCGUAAACGAGGGUACCAACAAGGGUAAUCUGACAAAUCUCAAGACCAGAUCUAUAAUUCCGGUCGAUUUGAAUACCUUAAUACAUCGAAACGCCGUGCUGCUGGCGCAGUACAGUCGUCAGUUGGGCAACGAGACGAAGGCCGCGUAUUACGAGGACCUGGCCGAGAAGUGGAAGGAAGCGGUCGAGAUGGUGCUGUGGCACGAGGAGGUGGGUGUCUGGUUGGACUACGAUAUGCUGAACGACAUCAAGCGGGACUACUUCUACCCGACCAACAUCCUACCGCUCUGGACGGACUGCUAUGACACGUCGAAGAGGGCCGAAUACGUGUCGAAGGUGCUCAAGUACCUCGAAAAGAGUCAGAUCAUGUUGAAUCAGGGCGGCAUACCGUCGACGUUGGAGCACUCCGGCGAGCAGUGGGACUAUCCCAACGCCUGGCCGCCUCUCCAAUAUUUCUUCAUCAUGUCGUUGAACAACACGGGCGACCCAUGGGCGCAGAGAUUGGCCUACGAGAUUAGCCAGAGAUGGGUCCGUAGUAACUAUAAGGCUUUCAACGAGACGCACAGCAUGUAUGAAAAGUACGACGCAACCGUCUCGGGUGGCCACGGUACUGGAGGUGAGUACGAAGUACAACUUGGUUUCGGCUGGUCGAACGGAGUCGUUAUGGUAUUGCUGGAUAAGUAUGGUGACAGGUUGACCGCGGAGGAUUACUUCCUACCGGGCGCGGUGGUCGAGAAUGCGGCGUCACCGCCGGUCGUUUCGACAGCUGGUCAAAUGCUGACCGGGAUUCUAGCUCUCAUCAUAUCGUUAGCGGCAGGAUUUAUAGGGUGAGAUAUCCACGUGACCUAAAUCUCAGCUAGCGUAAAAUUCGCGAAAAGAUACAUUAGAAAGAUCGACGACGCGUCGAUCGAUGAUAGUAGAUAGUCUCGAAGAAACUGAAAUCGAUCUAAAUAAUAUUUUCGCUCUUCUUUCUCGCUCGUUCGAUUCGUGAUGAUUUUAAUUGAUCGAACGAUCAAUGAAGAGAGCGUGAAACGGGUAUAAAAGGACCAAAUAGAAGCAAGUGCGGGCACUGUUCUUCUUAUAUUACUGUAAGACACUCCGAGUAUGCGAGGGGGCCUCGAAAAUGGCGUCAUUUUUUUAUUCUCUUGCCACACGUUGCCUCCAAAGAAUAUUCUAUAAGCCGCAGGAUAUAUUAUAUAUUAACGAUUAUUACGUCGUACAUAAAUAUCACUCUAGAAGGGACAUGAAACUUGGUUGCCUUACUUGCGAUAUGUUAUUGAUAUCGCAAGUAAGGCAACAUUUGUUAUGAUAUUAUUAUAUAUCGUUCUAUACUCUACAUUCCUGGUGAUUUGUGAUUAUUUUAUCGAAAAUAUCUGUAGUACAUAUCGAUUUUCUCUGCGACUUGCCUCUUUAUAAGAGUAUACCGCCAGUAUACGCCUAAACAUAUCUGCAAACAUGUGCCUUCUUAGCUAUGGAAUUAUGUCGUUAUAUUAUUUAUAGGAAUGUCGUGGCCCUUCUCGCUGACGGAUAACGUAGACAGGAUCUAUUAUCGCUAGACAAUCGUCUAUUACUUAAUCGCUCCAUCAGACGUGCGCUGUUACGAGGUAUAAUUCUGUGAUCAUUUAACGAACUACUUCGCUGGUCGAAUUACGUUCUGUCAUCCUUCCAUUGCAGGAAUUUAUUCUUUAUCCUUAGAUCUAAAACUAUAUGGAAAUACCGCAGGCGAUUUCUCGAAUUUAGUCUCUACGAUAUAUAUACGUAUACAUAUAUAUAUAUAUAAACCUAUGUAUAUUAUAUUUUAUUUUGAGAUUAGUCAUUGAUAUACUACUGUACUAGUAUUAUUAGGGUAGAUAAAUUAUUAAAUCGCGCAUAUCUAUGUAACGAAAAUAUCUAUGUCUCCAAGAUAUUCUCCGGAGACACAUUCCUCGGAGUAAGGUUCCUUGACGGGAAAGAGGAAGGAUAUAAAAAGGUGAGAAAGUGAGAAAAUUAAGGGAACAAUUGGGCAGGACAUUAUUAGAAAUAAAAAAUACAACGGGAAAGAUUCCACUCGAUCUCUCUGUCUCUUUUUUUUUAGAGACGAGCGGACUUAUCUAGUCAGUUGCGUACGGCGUAGCUACUCUUAUUUUUAGAGAGUCGCAGUGGUGAAAUUUGAGAAACACAUUUUUGAAAAAAAAAAAAGAGAGAAAUUUAUUAUCUGUCUGUUUAGGAUAAUUUAUUCGAUAAAGUAUGGAGAUCUAAUACAAAAACUUAAUUACAUAUGUAUUUAAGUGUUGGUGUAACUUGACAAUUUUCUUCUUCGUAAAGUUACCAAUUAGCGCGCGAAACGACGUUAAUAAACCUGCCGGUUACCUUAUGUUUCUAUUCCAGAAGAAAUACGCUACUUUUUAGAACUCUUUGUUAUCUCAGCCAAGCGACAUUUAAUAACGCAUGUGUGGGUGUGUACAGGAAUAUCGCGUUUGUCUUGCCUCGGAUAUAGUAUCGCACGGUCUCUCUCUCUUUUCAAUUAGCAAUUCAGUUAUAACAAUAUUUGAGAUAUCAAUUGUUUUUUUAUUAAUCGGAUACUAUCUCUUCUUUCUCCCCAUCGUCUGUUUGUGUGAACGCGAGUAGUGUGUUACGCAUGCUCCCUGCAUCCAAGUCCCAGCUCUCCCUGUACGAUAACUUUAAUGAAAUAAAUAAAUCGAAUGUCCCAAAUAUGUAACCCAUCCUGCGAUAUACCGAGAGUAUUGCAUGCAGCCAUAUACUGUUAUGUUCUGUAAAAUGUCCGUAAAGUGAGUACUUGUAAAUGAAAAAGACACUCCAGACACGUUCAUCGAAAACUAGAUCGGAUAAAACACGCUCCUUCGUUCCGUUUGGUAAGUCUGUGUCUAAUGUGCAACCGGAUUUGUCAAGGAUCAGUUGUGAAGGAAUUGCAUUCACGAGAUGAAUUCGUUAAACCAGUAUUAUCCGGUUAACACGGUAUCAGAAAUUGAACGUAAUUACGCAUGAUAAUCUUUGUAUUUUUGUUGUUUUAUGUGUAAUUAAAGCACACAGAUGUGUAUUUUUAAACGCUCGCAUAA